UCGGAUGGGGCUUUUCCUAUACGUGAUGUUCGUUCUAUUCGCUUUGCUCUCUCAAGUGGUAAAACUUUUCGAAAGAUUUUCAUUAGGAAAUCUUUUAUUUCCCAAUUAUCUACAUUUUAAAGCUAUUUACUCAAUUGACGAUGUCGCCUAUUUAUGGGCAAAUUCUCCUCCACUUAUCCAGCCGAUACAGAUUGCUGAUCGUUUACAUGCUGCCCAUUACGCAUUUGAAGAAGCUGAAGCUGGGGAAUGUCUUUCAAUUGGAAAUUUUACACAAAGUACAUUUUCCUGUAUUGAAUUACUCGUUCAUUUCCGUGGUAGUUCAACAAUUGGAUGGUCAAGUGUUUUAAUUCCUUGUAUUUUACUUGUAUUUACGAGCUGGUUCCAUUUUUGGGUACAUCCAUCAUGGUCAGUACCUCGAACACUUAGUUCGUCUGUGCCUUUUCUUUUAUUUCUUUGUUUUUUGAUUUUUCUUCCAAUUGAAUCUUGUGCUUGGAGAAUUUGGCUUUUUAUUUGUACAUUAUUUACAUUUUUGUCUUUAAUUGAAUAUUUUUUUGUAAUUCGGUGUUAUUCAACAAUUAAUCAACAUUCUGCUGCAGCAUUAACUGCACAACAAAGACUUCAUCAAUUUAAUCGCCCAACAAGUGAAGAUGAUGGAAAAGAAGGGACAACAACUACUUUAAUUGUUACACAAGAUGAGCCAUUACUCUCAUCAACACACGCAGAAGUGUUAAAUCGUUAUUCAGCAACAAAUCAUUUAGAUUUAGUUUCAAGAAUUGCUUUUCCUAUUGGAUUUUUAUUAGCUUUAGUUGUUUUUAUACUUUUUUAUAUUUUUUAA